UGUGGGAUACACGCGAGGCGUGAACCACCUGCGACUCGAUGCAACAGAGACGGUCCAAAAACAACGUCGAAUCGUGAGGUGAAACGUGUGCGCUUGCUAGUAUUGUUGAUAUUUGAAGUAAGUGAGUAGUAAAUUUGUAAAAUGUCAAUUCUAGAAGAUCGGAAGGCGUACCUGGAUAAUCCGUUUUUCACUAAGCACCAGUACGGCGAUUUUACCCCGUUCUACAUCGCCAUUACUAUUUGCUCGGUUAUCGGUGCUGUCCUAUUUACACUGAAUUUCAUAUUCUGUUGGUGUUCCCCGUGGCGAAGCUACUGGCAAAAUCGUCACACCGGAAAUCGCUGGGUACAGUCUAUCUGGACGAAUACGCCGCACAAAAAUCCACCGCUGGAUCUUACGGAGCUGGAAACUGGACUGACGACUUACACGCGGCACCAGGAACAGAUUGUUCAGUAUCACCAUCGGGAGCCUGACAUCCAGGUGAUACCGCAGUCGCAGGAAUACAUGGGACUGCAGAAAAGGGAAAGCGAGAUAUAA